GCAUUUGGGGUCGGCUUUUUGCACAAAAUGAACUUCCUAAUUGGGUAUACGAUUGCGUUCUUCAGAUAAGCGCGCGGUAACACUCCAAAUAAGGUCAAAUUAUACUUUCAAGGCAAAGAUGACUUGGUGAUAGAUAUUGUUUAGAUCAUUUCUACUUCUUCUUCUUCUUGGUGUUCCAAUUUAGUGUGGUAUCUCUAUGCCAAAUCAAUAUUAAAUGUCCCAAUUAUCAUCUCCUCAAGGAUAUGAACCUUAUCAUGGCAUCAAAUCACCAAACUCAAUCCAAGAGCAAGAUGUUCAAUUAGCUAGUGAUCCUCUUGAAGUUAUUGAAAUCAUUAAUGAACAAGAAUUAAAGAAUUACCGACUUGGGGUUAUACUAUUGGUGGUGGCAGUUAGUACUUGGAUGGUGGGAUUGGAAUUGGUUAAUGUCAUAUUGAAAGGUGAUGAUUAUCAUAAACCAUGGAUGUUUUCUGUUGUUACUGGAUCAUGCUUCACUUUAAAUUUGAUUCCUGAAUUGAUAUCAUUCAUAAAGAGUCUAUUCAAACCCCUGAAACAGAGAAUUGAUGACGACGACGAAGUCACAGAAGGUUCAUCUGAUCAACCUCUCCUUGGAUCAUCUUCAUCCCAUCAUAAAUCAAUUGAAAAAUUAAUUGCUGAUGAAUAUACUCAAGGUCCACGAGAAUUAUCAUCAAAGGAAAUCUUCAUACUAGCUUUACAAAUGGCUAUCAUUUACUACUUAUAUAACUUAUUUGCCAUGUCAAGUUUACAAUUCACAUCUGCCUCCAAUCAAACGGUCCUUGGUUCAACCACUUCCAUAUUCACAUUAUUAAUCUGUAGUUAUCUUAAAAUCGAUAGAUUCACCCUUAAGAAAGUAGUAUGUGUGGUUAUCAGUUGUUUUGGAGUUUUCUUGGUUAAUUUCAGUGAAUCAAGUAAAGAACCUAAAGAUGGUAAUAAAUUCAUCCCCAAGAAUCCAAAAUUAGGUAAUUCUCUUGCCUUAUGUGGAGCUUUAAUGUAUGCUAUUUAUUUAAUUGUUAUGAAAGUUAAUAUUGGAACUGGUGAAAAGACCACUAAUGAAAGAAAAUUAUUUGGAUAUAUUGGAAUUACAACUUUUAUGAUUGGUAUUCCAAUCUUAUAUAUAGUUGAUAAAUUUAAUAUUGAAAAAUUUGAUUUCCCACCUCCAUCUAAUACGAUUUUAAUUCUGAUACUUAUUAAUGGGACUUUUUCAGUCAUAUCAGAUUAUACCACGGUCUUGGCAAUGUUAUUAACUAGUCCCUUGGUAACUUCAUUAUCGUUAACCUCUUCUAUUCCCAUCACCAUAUUUAUAGAUUGGAUUAUUAUGACAUCUACAUCGGAAGGAAAUUCAAAAUCAUCAAAGGGAUUCCUGUACUUUUUAGGGAUUAUAAGUAUUUUAUUAGCUGUGAUUUUGGUUAAUAUUAAUAUUACCUCUGAAAAUGAAUUAAUUGGAGAAGUAAUUGAAGAAGCAUUAGAAGGAGCCAUUAGAGAAGAUGAAGUCUUAUCGCCUAUAUUAUCACCAUUAUUAUCACCUCGCGCUAAUAAUCCAAUUGAAGUUAAUUCACCUCAUUUCCCUAUUCAAGUUGGAGUUAAUAGUUCUAAUAUCCUAGGAAAAUUUUCACCAAAAUUAGAUGGGAAAUUCGGUAAACAACCUCCAUUAAUUCGUCAAUUAUCGGGUUUUAAUCUUAAUCAAAAUAAUAUUCAUAAUCAUAAUAAUUCACCGUUAAAUCUUAAUCAUUCGAAUAAAUUAUAUACGGUUGAAUCUCAUAAUCAAGCUAAUUUAGUGGUUAUAUCAGGAGGUAAUCAUCAAUAUCAUGUCAAGAAUAUAGAACCCUCUUCCUCAACAUCAACAGAUAUCGAUGAAAGAUUAAAUAGAUAGAGAUAAGUAAAUUGUAUAUGUAUUUAUAUUUCACCAUUAAUAAU